GUGCCAGUGAGAUUGAACUGCCGCAGUGGGCAGACCGUCGGUACCGGUUCGCAAGGCUUGUGGCUGAGCUUUGGUUCGCGCAGCUGUCCGUUUUGACAAGCUCGUCCCGCAAGCUUCUUGAAGAGACGCUUGCAUCGCGAACGCUGGUGGGAGAGAUGGUUGGAGGUAGUGGCGCUCAUCUUGUGGACUAUGGAUCUUUGAGAAGACUCCAGUGGUUUGCAGUCGUGCCAAACGAAGGCGAUGAUUUGUGCUGGCCGCCCUCCACUAGCAUCGAUUUUUUCCACAAAGUUGGGCUGCCCACGGUGAACCUCAAACUUGUGAGGCCUUGCCCACUUGCAACGGCUGACGAAACCUUCCAGGUGCUUCAGGAGGCUUGUCUGGAGACUGAAAAGGCUGCUUUGCAAGAUGUUGGAGAAGGCUAUGUGAUGUACUUGACCUCGAAAAGCGGCAACAACGAGGAAGAUCAUGUCGUGCACCUGGGUAAGAUGAAGUCGGCAGAUUAUCGGUUGCUACGUCGGAUGCGUGACAGGGCUAAAGUCUUCGCGCAGCGUGCAGGUUCGAUGUUGGUGGAAGACAUAGUGGAAGAGUACAAAGCGGAGGCUAGCUCAGCUGGGCUCGGCCAUGAACUUGUAGCCACUCGCGCAGACACUCUGUCGAGGUUGUGCCGCCUGGUAUUCUCAGAGGACAUUCCCCCAGAGACGGUGGACGAGCAGUUUCUUCACCUGCUGCAGCGUGCGAAGACAUUUGAAGGCACCUGCGCUCCAG